ACAGGCGCCGCCGCACUCACACUCGCCGCCAUGCACGCCGCCUGUCUGACUGUCCUGGCUGUGGCCGCUCUGGCCGCUCUGGCGGGCCCGGCGCUGGCCGACACCUUCGUGUUCCGCAACCAGCACGGCUCCACCGUGUGGAUCGGCGCCCUGGGCAACGCGGGCAAGCCGGCGCCCAACGGCGGGGGCUUCGCUGUGGGUCCCAACCAGCAGGUGACGGUGACCACGGCCAACGACUGGGCGGGGCGCUUCUGGGCGCGCACCGGCUGCAGCUUCAGCGGCAACACGGGCCACUGCGCCACGGGCGACUGCGGCAACAAGCUGGCCUGCAACGGCGCCGGCGGCGUGCCGCCCGUCACGCUCGCCGAGUUCACGCUCGGCAACAUGGACUACUACGACGUCAGCCUCGUCGACGGAUACAACGUGGGCCUAACGAUCAAGCCCCAGAACAAGGCCGCCGGCGGGACGUACAACUGCAAUGUCGCCGGCUGCCUCAACAACCUCAACACGAACUGCCCGGCAGCGCUGAGGCAGACCUCGGGCGGUGCCACGGUGGCGUGCAAGAGCGCGUGUCUCGCCUUCAACACGGACGAGUACUGCUGCCGCGGCAGCCACAACACUCCCGCCACCUGCAAGCCCGCCUCCUGGCCGCAGAACUACGCCGCCUACUUCAAGAACAACUGCCGUAACGCUUACAGCUACGCCUACGACGACACCACCAGCACCUACACUUGCUCCGACACCGGCUACAUCAUCACUGUGGGCUGAGACCACGUGGUGCAUCUUCAGCUCUUUCCAAAUACAUUAUCAUAGAUAA